AGUCCAUUGGCCCAUUGGGUUACUCCAGCGUGCCACUUAGCCAUGGCAAGUCGAGUACGACAUGGCCUGUGCUUGGCGCUGCUGCUUGGGCUUGGGAGGAUUUUAGAUGGCAGCUUUGGGCAGUGCUUCACUGGUGUGACACAAUGGCUUCACCGGAGCCGGAGAAUGGGUCACUCUCCUGAUGCCCGAGCAGUACGGCGAGCAACUGCAGAUCCCUUUGCCAUGAGCCGAGCGGAGCUCAAAUCUGCACUCUUCAGCGCCUUGGACCAGGACGGUGACAGGCGGCUGUUGAGCCCCGAGCUGCGGCAGUUCGCAGAGCUCACAGGCUUCGAAGGCGACCCGGAGGAGUGGGAGGAGGAGUACCGGGUGCUCUGCGAGGCCCAGGGCUGCGACCUCGCGGCCUUUGGCCAGCUGCUGGACGACGACGAGGACGGCCUCUACUGUGCCGACGCGGAGCUCGCGGAGAUGCUGCAGGUGCUCAUUCAGCAGGGCGCCAGGACGAUCACGGCGGCCCCUCGAGAUGCAGGGAGGAAGCUUGGCGCAGCAAUACCCGCAGGCCCCGAGCUCUUCCAGCGUGAAAGGGAAGCCGGUCUCUACGAUGGCGAAUGGAAGCCGUGGGAUCCUCAAGAGGGCGUGCGGGCAAGAACACCUCGCCUAGGAGAAAUUGGGAGCUUGGAAGGCUGUCCAAGCAGCACGACUGUCCAAGAGGCGCUCAUGUUCGUGAACGAGCAGGUGCAAAGCGGCAUCUUCGGAGAUCAGUCAGGGCAAGCAGGAGAGCGACUCAGCGAGCUCCUCGCACUUCAAGGACGAUCUCCCAAAGCGGGUGCUGGAUGGUUCGAAUUCCGACUUGACGAAAAGGUGCUAGAUGAGGAGCAACUGGCUGACCUGGUGCUGGCUCCAGCUGGAUGGCGAGUUGACCAUUCGCUGAUUCCCACAGGAUACAUGAUGCACAUCAUGUCUGUGGGCAGCGGCGUGAAGGCGACACUUUGCGGCCGCGAAGGCUUGCCCAUCGUCAACUCGCUGCACCGGGAUGUCUCGAAGUGCAAGCGACUCUGCGACACUGGGCUUUGUGGCGUGGUGGGCCGGAAGCGCGUCCUCCUCUUUGCUCCUGACGCCUUCCCAGCCAGCAGCAAGGUGCUGCGGAGCCCCGACAUGGACUGCGAGGAGCUGCGGGCUCUGAGUGGCCUGGCGGAAGAAGAGGCCUGGCAGCGAAUGGAGCAGCUGGCGCGCGCCAAGGGUGGAGUUCUGGACCUGAUGCCAGGGCAGUUUGUAUUCGUCCCCCAUGGCUGGUGGCACGCCGUACGUCCCAUCGAUGACUUCACUUUUAUUACUGGGCCUUCCCAGCUCUCUAACUUAGGAGUAGGAACGACCUAG